AGUAUCAUAGGUACUUGAUAUUACUGGUAUGUCGUCGAUCUUAGUAAAAACGUGUUUUAAGAAUCGCAUAAUGUCUUUAAUAUAACAGCAGAAGGAAAGGCGAUCACAUAACUGUUCCGUUAUGACCGACUUCAAUUUGACGACGGCAGAAGCCAUGUUCACGUCACAGCUUUGGUGGCCACUGUUGAUAAUCAACAUAGUAUUGGGAGGGGUAGCCAUCAGUUGUAGUCUGAUUGUUAUACUGGUGUCACGCCGAACGUCACUAGGAGACGGUGCCACACUGGUAUUUGUACGAUGUCUCUGUGUGACGGAUAUUUUAACAGGAGUGUGUGCAGUAUCUAAAGGUCUGCUACUGAUGAACAUCGAUGUUCUGUCCGUUGAUUGUUUUCUUCCGGAAAGCCUUUUCAUCACUGCCAUCACAGCAUGUGUGCUUUUUCUACUGUGGCUAAAUGUGGACUGCUUUCUUCACCUAAACAAACCGGAGAAUAUGCGUCUUCAUAUUGCUAAGGGUAACAUUAUAAGCGGUAUGGUUGUAGUGUGGAACGUUGCCUUUAUCCUAGGAUUUCUGCCCCAAAUGGGGUGGAACGCUAUGGAUCGCGUGUGUCUGUUCUUGUUCUACUAUGAUCACUUGUAUCUGCUGAUGUUGGUUUCACUUUGGGUACUAAUCGUCCUCUGCUGUUAUUGGAUGCAGGCCUUGACAUCACGCUUGACCACCAAAAUUAAGUCCAGCCGUCACUUUCUGACUACAAACAGUAAAGUGUAUUAUAAGUAUGGAGGCCUAACUGGGACGGUUCACAUACAACUGUGUACCAUGUGUGUAUGCUGCCUCCCAUGUAUCGGAUAUGUUGUUUACUGUUUUUUCAGGUACGAAACCCCAGAAAAUUUUAUCUGGGUAAAUGGGUAUCUACCAUACGUUUUAAUGAUUUUUACAUUCCGUUCAGUGCUCUGUUCAUUCAUAAAUGGAUACAAGACCUCACAAAUCCGUAGUCUCAUGAGGCGGGUGUCAAGGAGUUUCGCCAAUACCUUACUUAGGCGUCGGUUCUCAAACUACCGCAGACGUGCGGUACGUGGUCGCAACGUCUUCAGGGCUUCCCCUUCCAACCAGCAACACUGUUGGACUGUCCAGCGACAAUUUGACAACAGCCAGUCAUGUCAUGUGUGUGCAAGUAACAGUCAGCGUAGUUUUGGGUCCUCCACGUGCACCUCUAUAUCGACGGGGUGUCUGUAUUGCCAUAGGACGCGCUGCCUCUGUGAUGUAUUUGAUGUAAAAGAUCAUGAGCGUGAUAGAGACAUGGAUAAGUAUGGCCGAUAUGGGCUAAUCAAGCGAACUAAACAGGUUACCUUUCCAUUUUCUUCUGAUUCUUCAUCUGAGUACAAUGGAAAUGUUCAUCCAGGUGAGAUACAAAACAAUGCGCUAUUUGACAAAAGGUUUACCCGUGGUAACAUUCCGUUACACCAUCCGCCUUUUAUUAGAAAGACUAUGUCUUGUCCCGAUGAUUUUGCACACAGACACCAUGAAUCAUUUAAUCCAACAUUUAAUAGAAGUCCAUCAUCAGUAGAAAAUGAUUUACCAAACAAUGAUCACGUUGACUAUAAUCCUAGCAAUGGAAGGGACACAUCACCACAUUCCAUUAACUUUUCUCAAACAAAAGAUUCACAUAAUCCGACAGUCACACAAUCUGAAUUGUUAGGCGAAGACAUAGUUGGGGAAAGAACUGACUCAAUCGAAAGUGCGUCACCAAGUUCUCCAAAACCUUCCAAAUGUACCACUCAGCGGUUACGACCUCCGCUAAGGCAAGCAGCCUCUCUUCCAACUAGUACCACAAACACACCACCUGACCUCAAGGACAUCGCCGACUCAGUUGAUAAAACGUUAACUAGGAAAAGUGGUACGAUGGGUUACUUAAAACGCUGGACGCUCCGACAGGCCAUGAAAAUAAAGCAAUAUUCGUAUGAUGGCAGUAACGACUUCAGACAAAGGGUUGGAUACAGACAAGAUGGUUAUUUAGGCUCAUUUGAUGACUCGAAGUUGAUAUUUAAUGAAGGAGUUCUUACAGAACAGACAACGCUCUGAUUAGUACUGAAUUAGUAAAGGCAUUGCAUGUUCGCAAUAUAUGUGCACAACUACAGCUAGGACUACAUUGUCAUUCGCGGGCAAUUCAGGUACAUGUAUACACCUAUGUGAAGUUUUAUGAUGUCAGCACUCCAUUUAUAACAUGGCCACAAUUUCUCGAUGAACUUAUCAGAACGAAAGUGUGGCCUUUUCGAAGAUUUCAUAUCGUGUAUGUAUUUAUAUUGAUUUUCUCCAUUACAUGCUGGUACAACUCUGAUGAAUGAGAUUGGCAAUUGUUUUAUUUCUAAAUAGUAAAUAUUUGUACUUGUUAUAAUAUAUCACGAGAAUGAGAAAAUGUUGAAAAAAAUAGUUUUCUUCCAUUUUCGACUUUGUUAACAGAACAGUAUACGUGCAUGGUUAAUUGUAAAAUAAGACAUACACAUACGUGUCUAUGUUACCAAACUACAUUAUAUAAACCAAUGAAAUGUGUCGUUAUUUCACUGACUUGAUGGAAUAGGCUGUUACCUUAAUGGAUUUACUAUUUUUCAAUGCAGUAGCGUUCUUCUACUCUUUAUGUGUUGGGGCUAUUUAACGUGUAUUUUUUUACUUGGAACUUUGAUAAAAAUAAUCCUAA